AUGGAUGUUAUUGUGGAAACGAAGGGAGACGAGUUCGAAAACUCGAUGAACUCAGUUCACGUUCAACCGGCCAGAACUCCAUUGAACUCCAUACAAGAUCCGUCGCAGUACCAGGAAGAGACUCGCGAAUCCGACUUUGAUUCGAGGGAGAAACACGAAGCUACAGGAGAAAGAAUUUCAAGGGGGAUUCCGGUUGCUGAUUUUGAUUUGUAUACAGAAGCUCCACAUUUUGAGUUUGACGAGGAUCCGUCGUACUGGACAGAUCACAAUGUGCAGGUCUUGAUAAGAAUGAGGCCACUGAAUACAAUGGAAAAGGUUUCGCAAGGGUAUGGUAGGUGUUUGAAGCAGGAGAGUGCCCACACAUUGGUGUGGCUUGGCAAUCCGGAGACUAGAUUCACCUUUGAUCAUAUAGCUUGCGAGUCGAUAUCUCAGGAAAAACUAUUCAGGGUUGCUGGACUUCCUAUGGUGGAGAAUUGCAUGUCUGGGUACAACAGCUGCAUGUUUGCCUACGGCCAGACAGGUAGUGGAAAGACCUAUACCAUGAUGGGGGAAAUAUUCGAGUUACAAGGCAAGCUCACUGAGGAUUCUGGGAUUACUCCCCGGAUUUUCGAAUAUCUAUUUUCAAGGAUUAGAAUGGAAGAAGAGAGCAGACGGGACGAGAAGCUGCAGUUCAGUUGCAAAUGUUCCUUUCUGGAGAUAUACAAUGAGCAGAUAACAGAUCUAUUGGAGCCUUCAUCAAUUAAUCUGCAACUAAGGGAAGAACUUAAAAAAGGAGUAUAUGUUGAGAAUCUUACAGAAUGUAAUGUAAGAACUGUCAAUGAUGUUCUCAAGCUUCUUUUACAGGGUGCUGCAAAUAGAAAGAUAGCGGCAACCCAAAUGAAUGGUGAGAGCAGCAGAUCCCAUAGUGUAUUCACUUGCAUUAUUGAAAGCCGAUGGGAGAAAGAUUCAAUGACCCAUUUUAGAUUUGCAAGAUUAAAUUUAGUAGAUUUAGCAGGUUCUGAAAGGCAGAAGAGCUCUGGUGCGGAAGGAGACCGUCUAAAAGAAGCAGCAAAUAUAAACAAAUCCUUGUCAACUCUUGGCUUAGUGAUAAUGUCUUUAGUAGAUCUGGCGCAUGGGAAACAGAGGCAUGUCCCUUACAGAGAUUCUCGGCUUACAUUUCUACUACAGGAUUCUCUUGGGGGGAAUUCAAAGACAAUGAUAAUUGCAAAUGUCAGCCCAUCCAUUUGCUCUGCAAGUGAAACAUUGAGUACUCUGAAGUUUGCCCAGCGCGCCAAGCUUAUUCAGAAUAACGCUAAAGUAAAUGAAGAUGCUUCUGGUGAUGUUACGGCGCUGCAGCGAGAAAUACAACAUUUGAAGGGCCAGUUGUCCUCUCUAAUGAAACUUCAGAACUGUCCAAGAUCUUUAUCUACCUGUGGACUAAAUCUUGAAGAAUCCAGAUUAGCUGGAUAUUCUGAUAACUGUAGACUUGCAGGACAUAGAAUAACAGAUGGAUAUCAUUAUCAAAUGCACAGUUUGCCAAGCAAGAAUGCGGACUCCAUUGAAGCCAAUCUGAUUGGUGCUCUCAGAAGAGAAAAGAAUGCUGAAACUGCACUUCGGAAAUUAGAGGCUGAAAUCGAGCAUGUGCAUCGCUUGGCUUGCUUGAGAGAAGAGAAUGCAAACGAAUUUAAACUGAUACUAAGGUUUCGUGAAGAGAAAAUAAAACAGCUUGAACUGUUGGUAUCGGGUUCAUUGUCCACCGAGACAUAUCUUCAGGAGGAGAAUAAAAUUCUAAAAGAAGAGAUCCAAGUGCUUCAAGAAAGGAUUGAUAAAAAUCCAGAAUUGACACGUUUUGCUUUAGAGAAUAUUAGACUUCUUGAGCAGCUUCAACGGUUUCAAAAUUUUUAUGAGCAUGGAGAGAGAGAAGCUUUGCUGGCUGAAAUUUCGGGAUUUCGUGUCCAGCUUCUUGAUUUACUUGAACAAAAGCAUAGGUUGUCCUCAAGAUAUGAGAAUCAGGAUAAUGACAUGGCAAAGGAGUUGGAAGAUUGCAGGAAUUCAAACUCUAAACUAAUGAGGGAAAUAGAGGAAUUGCGAACAGAAUAUGGGAAAUUGUUGAGAAGUAGUCGGGCAGCAGUUGAUUCUGUUUCAAAUUCUUUUUCCAAGGAUAAUGACGAAUUUAGGCAAGAUGUCGAGUAUUCAAAGAUAGAGACUCUAUCAAUCAGAAGUGACUCUGAAGAUGAGGUGGCAUCUUAUGCCUAUGAAGAUGAUAGAGUUACAGAAAAUAAAAAUAAGCAAGCUGUGAAUGGUGGAUCAAUCACGAAUGCUGGUGAUAAUGAGAGGGAAUUGAUAGAUGCCAGAUUAUUGAUUGAAGCCCUGGAAACGAAGCAGGUUCAACUAAUUAAUGAGUUGCAGAUUGUACAGGAGAAGAAUGACAAGUGCAUGGCACUGUUAAGGAACAAAGAUAAGGAAGAGAGACAAUCUGCGCUUGAACCAGAACAUUGCUGUUCUGAGUUUGACAUUCCAGGAGAUAGAAACCAAUUUUCAGUAAUUGGAAGUGAGAAUGAGAUGGAUGUGGAAGUCUUGCAAAAACAGUUGCAGAAAUUGAGUAAAGAUCUUGAGGAGACCAGACUACUUAAUUGCCAAUAUCAAGAAGAUCAUGCAUCAAUGUUAUCUUACCAACACCAAGUUGAAAAAGUGCGGGAGCAGGUUGAAACAGAGACAGCCAGAACAAUUGUCUAUUUGCAGGAAGAGGUUGCUUGCCUUCAAUCCAAACUUCAGGAGAGUUUAUACAGCAUGACACAAGAGAAUAAUAGACUGAAAAAUUCUGUAGCAGCAAAAGAGGUUGAGAUAAGGGCACUUUCUUCGGAGUGGGAGAGGGCAACUGUAGAGCUAACAAGCUUCCUUCUAGAUGGUUCUAAAUCCCUCAAGGAUGCCUCUAACCAGAUAGGAAGUAUCGUUUCUUCAUUUCCUCAUGUUAACAUUUGUAUUAGUGAGCAUGUUGAGAAAGCUAUCAAAGUCUGCAUUGAGAAAGAGGAAACAAUUCUACAUCUACAGAGAAGCUUGGAAGAUGCACAGAACAUGACAGCGGGUAUGGAGCUGAAAUUAAGUACCUUAAAGGGAGCAACAAUUGCCUUAAACGAACUUCGGCUGCAAGAUAACAAUGAAAUUGCAGACAAUGCAUUCAAAUUAGGCGUGCUGUUGAAUGAGAGGAUUCAUGAUGUAAAGAUGCUAGAGAAUAAACUCAAACUGAAAGGUGAUCAGGUUGAUGAAGCUGAAAAAUGUUCUGAGGCCGCACUCCUUGUUGUAAAAUGGCUGUUGGAUUCCCCUAACUUUUCUAAUCAGGCUGACACUGACAAAGGUUUUUCUAUCCCUGAGUUACUUUGUUCUCUUGAAGUUGGUGGUAAUAUGGAACUAGAGAUGAGAACCGACAUGAAUGCAUCUUUUGCAGACACUGAAGUGUACAUCAAGGCCCAACUAGAAAUGGACAGUUUAGUUGUAUUGGAGUCAAAGAAGGCUCUAAAUGCAUCUUUUGCAGACACUGAAGAGCAAAUGGCAGUUCUUGAAACAGAUAUUCUCCAGGUUUGUUUCUCGUGCACAGAUAUGGUUCACGAAUUAGCCAGAGAAAUUUAUGAGAUGAGGCAUGAAAUUCUGGCAAUGAAGGAAAGCCACAAAAUUCUUCAAACUUAUACAGUAAAACCACAGUCAACGGAAACACAAAAGUCUUUAAAUCAAAGUCAAUGCCAAAUGCUGCAUCAGAUAAAAGAUGUACUUUCCAAAACAAAUUGUAGACUUAAUGUUAUUCAUGAUUCAAUCAACACCAAAUUAAGAAUGUCUGUUGGUGCAUUAAAGGAUGAGCAUCUUAGUGAAGUAGAUGAAAUAAAUGCUGAAUGUUCUACAUUAGGCUCUGAAUUUUCAAAUAAAAGUGUUGAUUUGGAAGACAGUUUGGAUGAACUGUCAUUUAUAUGCAACUGCAGUGAGACAAUUGAACAGCCAGUUGAUGUGAAAUUUCGUGAAAGAAUGCUACUGGAAUAUGAUGAUCAAGAAUUCGAUAAGUUGAAAAAGCAUGAUCAAGCAGUGAUAUCCACCCUUAGAAGGGAGUUGAAGAUGGCAUUCAGCGGUUUUAAUAAAUUGUUCUUUCAGCUGAAUGAACUUCUAAAUCAAAAUAAUAGUGAAGACUUUUCUUUUAAUAAAGAAAUGAAACAUCGAGUUCUACCUUUGGGAUUAGCAAUGGAAACAGUUAGUUGCAACUCCAUAAGUGAGGUUGUUCAGAAAAUGGAUCACGUUGGAAGCUUCUUCCCAAAUUUGAGGAAGCACAUGCUGCCAUCAAGAAGCUGAUUUGAUGUUAAUGCAUUGGUGAAAGA